CUCUCUGAACUAUAGUUUUUCAGAGAGAGCAAACACCAGAUGAGCUCAGUGUGUGAUUGUCUGUCCGCUGUGAGAGAUGGGAGACAACCACUCUCUGCGAUUCUUCAUCAACUGUCUGGAUCAACGGUCUCUGCCCCGCAUCCUGCAGAUCUGCUCUGGGGUUUACUUCCAGGGUUCCAUCUAUGAGCUUUCAGGGAGUGAAGUGUGUUUAUCUACUGGAGAUCUGGUGAAGGUCAUCGGUUUGGAGCUCCUGUCCGUGUCCUGUGAGGAGAUUGACUCUGGAGCUUCAUUUGAGCUGCCCACCGGAUAUUCAGGUCACUUCAGUCUCGUCGCCGAGGACCUGCCGUACAACACAAUAGAGGAAAUUGUGGGCUUGUGUCCCGUUGGUGUGGACGCCUGCGGCUCCUUCUCCUUCGUAUGCCAAAACGAGCUGACUAUAGACAACUUCACGCUACCCGCGGGAAGACGGCUGACCCUGCUGUCGGUGGAGGUGGACAGAAAUGGAGAAAGACUGGCACGCUGUCAGGUGCUGGGGCACAACAUGGCCUCCGCAGAGAUACUCCUUCCUCUCCACCUCAAAGGAGAGUUUUACGAGUGUCAGAGUGCCCAAGGCUACUCUCUCCAGGAAAUCAUGUCGUCAUCCAGACUGAGCUGCCGUCGCUUCUGCAGCACGACUGAGACCAACAGAGGAAGCUCGCUGGUCUUCAGCCCAGUGUAUGAAAUAAGUGCCAUCAUGCACAUGAGGAAGAACAUAGUCAAGUUCCCGUCGAGCCUGGAAGUGGAUGUCCAGGACGUGACAGAACAGUACAAGGAUUUAGUUUUUAUAACUCCGUUUUCAAUAACUGAAGUUGCGAGUCAGCCAGCGGAGUCCUUCCCGACCGUGGCAGAGAUCCUCGAUGGCCCAGAAGGCAACCAGUUUUUUAAUUGCAGCUGGUUCCAAGAACUGCAAAAAGGCAAGCAACUGCUGCUGCACGCGUGCGGAAAAACAAAAAUGACUUUAGCCUCAACUCCAAAGGGGAGGAAGGGGAAACAGUACUUCUUCAUCUCUGAGCAGUAUGGUGGACGAAUGAGAAGGAGGGCUCGGGAAUUUGAAUCGGUGUACGAGCUCUACUUGGCAUGGUCUCAGUCUCCGGGUUUGAAAGUAAGCGUGACCCGGCACUGCGAGGCAGUGGAGGAAGAGGGCAUACCUGCGCUCAGUGUCGGAGAGCAGCUGGAGGUUCUGGAGAUGGUGCAGAUGGAGAAAUCUGGAGCUGCUCAGAAAGUGGAAUGUUUAAUUUGCAAACGGACUACGGAGGUGGCCGACGAUGAGGACGACGAAGAUGAGGACGACGAAGAAGACGAGGACAGCGAGGAAAUCUCUCUGCCACUCUUUAUGACCGGUCACUUUGUGGAAAAGCUUUCAGACAACAAAAAGUAUAAAUUAACAGAUUUAAUGAGCAUUUCUUUGCCCCUGGAUGUGAAAGUUGUGACUCGGGAUAAAGACCUCGAAAAAGACCCCCUGAUGGGGCUGGCAGCACUUAAACUCGAGGAGUCUUUCACCGAGUCCACGGUGUUGACGAGUCUACCACAUAAACCAGACUGGUGCUUCGAGUUGCCAGUACGCUGGUUACAAAUGACUCUCUGUUUCACCUCCGAUCAUUUGCCGCCCGAGUACCAAGAUCGUCACGUAGAGACAGUCACAGAGGUCACAGAGAAAUUCUACUAUGAAUAUCAUAAACUUGAAAGAAAAAGUGAGGAACCACCGCCUCGUCCACCAAAGAGGAAGCCAUCCACUUCAGAAGCUAAGAAAUCCUCCAAGUCUAAAUCAAAAUCAAAAUCAACGAGCUCUGUGACCAAACAGCUCGAUGGUCUUUCGCUGGGUCAGGCGACGUGCAAACGGGCUCCUGCUCCACCUCCACCUCCACCAGAGGACACUCUAAGCCAGCCGCCUCCGCUGUUGCCUAGAAAAAGCUCAUCAGUUGCUGAGAGCAUCAGUGCACAAAACACGUAUGUGAAAAGCCCCAUGGUAGCACACAUAUCAGCAAGGACUCUCUCUGACUCUGACCACGACUAUGAGUUUAUGGAGGAAACAUUAAACCCCCCCCACGAAAGCUGGUUUUAUUAAUUCAAGGACAUUUCUAUUCUU